AUAGUUGAUUGUUGGCAGACGAAUUUUUCGGCAGGUAGAUAAAGAGUCCAUUUCAUAAUAAACACAAGAGCAUUCUUUAUCAUUAACAUGCAUGAAAGAAGUUCUACACAAGGCGAUACACCGCCAUUGAUACUGUUUGCAACGCCGCCACCGCUGGAUCAGUUAAGGGCGCUGACCGUCAACAUCCCGAACACAGUUCCGACUGCCUCACGGUUUCAGCCACAAGUUAUUAAAUGCAGGGAAUUCAUUUUCACAGAACCGGAAGUAAUUGGUACACCCAGUGCGGACAUCAACGACCAUAGUUUUCAUCUUGUCACUAAUGUUUCAUUGAUUCAAUCAGGCAAAAUCCAGAACAGAUUGUCUAGGAUUGGUUUGCAGGUGAGCAGUCCAUAUUCGGUGAGCACAGAGCUGUAUCAAGCCUGUCUGCAGUACACCAUUACAGCUCGUCUGUCUCCCGCAUGGAACAAAGCUGGACCAUGGCUUAUACAGGGAAGAGAUUUCUUGACUCAAAAAGGAUGCUCAAAUGCAGUCAGAAUGGACCUGACUGUGGUUAACAAUGAAUUGUAUUUUACUCUGGUGGCAACAGCCUUGAAACAAGGGCCAUUACAGGUAACAGAUCUAGACAUCCUUGGUCGUCAACUGGAGCGUUACUUUACCAACACUGAUGUUAGUAUAGAACAUGAUCACAUUGCAUCCGACUGGUGCUACAUCUUACCAAGCAUGAAAAGAGGACGUAUUUGGAGCAUCAGUCAUCAUUUACCAGAGGAAAGUCCAUUCACCUCAUAUAAAGACAUCAAACGACAUUGGAAAAACACAUAUGGCUACAGGCUGCCAGAAACUGACGAAGGUCUACACUUCUAUCAGAUUAAUUUUGGGCCGUUUGGUGGAAAACUGUUCACUUACCCUGAGGUGUGUUUGAGGCCAAGAGAAAUGCAGAGGAUGAGUCGCAUUGAUCCCAAGCCAAUACUGCGGUCAUUUGUACUUGAAAUCCAGAGCAAGUUCCCAACUGUGUGUGGACAUCCCAUCAAGCUUCAGUCCAAGGCCAAAUUCACAGUGAAUGAACUUCUGUCCAUAAACCAGUUUCAUUUUAAGGUUGAUCGCGACACGCAUGCAAACCUCAGCCACAAAAUGAAGAACUCCAGGCCUGCAGUGUAUCGCAGCAAAGCAGAGAUGGGGCAACUUCUUGCACAGCAGUCAUCACUCUCUACUCCAAACAUCCAGACAGCCCAGAACCCCAAACCUCUUAUUCAGAUAUUAAGCUUGACACCAGGACCUUCUACAACAAACAUGAGUUCAAUAAUUGAAACUCCAAACCUCAAGCCUAUACCUAGUUCGACUCCAGGCUAUGCUGGGGCCAUUUUGAGUUCAACAUCUAAAACUCCCAACAGAAUUUUUCAGGAUCUUCCAAACAGAAAAUCCAUGACAAAGGGGACGGAAACUCCAAUGUCUUUUGAAAGCAUGAGCUUUCAGGUACCUGGUACACGACAAUUACAGUCUGACACAGCAAGACAACUGUUUCCCAGUUUCAAACCCAUGAAACCAGCAGCAGGGCCCCAGCCAAUGGUGUGCAGUCAGCCAGCAACACGGAUGGUCCCUUCAUUCAGCUCAAAUAAAUCUGCUGCUCAGGCGCAGGCUAGUAAACCAUCAUCCGCUUCAGGUCAAAGAGAACCAAAUGGUUCGAUGCAAUCUGUCAAUGGCAAUCAAUCCCAUAGCUCCGUAAGCACUGGCAAAGUGUUGCCAUUAUUUCAUAAGCACUCCAAACCAGUUCUAACUGCACCAUCAACAAAAUCAACUUCAACAACUUGCAAGCCAAAAUCAGCUGUAACUAAAGAUGCAGGCACAAGUAAAAGGAAACCACCAUCAAAGAGAAAGAAAGAUGGAAAGAAACCGGAGCCAGAGGAGCCAAAGAAGAUGAAACUUCUGAGGCCAGAGGACUGAAAUGCUCGCUUCAUGUCCACAAUGCCUAAAUAAAACUUAAUUAAAUCAUAACAUAUCUAAAAGAAGUCUGUGCACUGUCUUGUUAGAUUUUUUGUUUCCAGUAUCUUAUUAUGAAACAAUGAAACUUAUUAUGAAAAUUUUAACAUAUUUUAGCAUAUUUAAAACAAACUAUGUUUUCACAAAGAUUAUCAUUACUGCCAGUUUUCACUGGUGAACUUUGUUGAUACAACCUGAUGUCUACUGUAUGGAAAAGACUGACACUUUACAAAGACUGUUAUAAAAUGCGUUGUUCAUGCAAUUCAAAAAUGUUACCUAGUUAAAUUUAAGGCAAUUAAAGCUUGUGAAAAGUG